CACAGCAAACAAUUUCGACUCAUUUUCUUUUUUUUUUCUUUUCAUUUCGCACCCCUCUUUUCCCCCUUUCCCUCUCUCUUUCUCUCUCUAGAGAGUCCAUAAAAACUUUCGAAGCGCUCUCUCUCUCUAUCUCUCCAAGGAGGAGAAACCCUUCGCCUUUCUAUUUCAGUGGCUUAGGGUUUCGAUUCCUCAUCGAUUCCAGCUCUAAUUGCGUUCUCGGGUUAGCGAUUUCUGAUGUGAGCAGGAGCUUGAAGAAUUAUAUUUGUAGUAAAAUUGGGGGUUUACGAACUUUCGUUCACUAAACAAUGCCAACAAGGAAAAAGAUCGUUACGAGAAAUGGUGCUCAGGAACUCGCCAGUCCUAAAUUAUGUAGACAGCAGAAGAAGUUGACUUUAAUUACUGAAAAGAAAGUGAAAGAGCUGAUCACGUCUGCGAGAAAACAGAAAUCUGUUGGACUACGUUUGACCAAAGUUAUAGAUGCAGAAGAAACAAGGGACCUGAAUACCACCUUUAGAUUAGCACAAGACGAGGUGGUCUAUGGUACUUCACAUGAUGAGGAGAGAUCAAAAGAAAGACCUUCAGAUUGUGUGCCGGACACCAUAUUUUCUCCCACUUAUCAUCAUCCGAAAGACCAUCUUAAGGAUGAUUGCGGGGUUGCGAAUGAUAAAGUAGAUUUCAUGAAGUUCUUUAAGCCUGAUAGCUAUUCAGAUCAGUAUAUUCAUGCGUCUGAGGAAUCAAAACCUGAUGUCUUAAAUAGUCAGGAUGUAUUGGAAAACCAGCCUGACUAUAUGGAGACAGAGACAGAAGUUACUGUUACUUGUAAAUUUGAUAGGAAUGCUGAUUCAACAAGUAGGCAAUCUGAGAGGUCCGAUGCACAAGAAAAUGAUGCUAGAGUUACUUGUACUGAAUCAAAACAGACAAACAAAUCUUAUGAUGACAAAUACCGUGUUAUGGGGAACCUAUCAUCUGAGGUCUCAGCUAUAUAUCUAGCAAUGCAGCACUCUAAAUUGGAGUGCGUUGAUGAACAGAGUCAAGAUUCAAUUUCAUCUGAAGGUUGCGUGGAGCAAGAUGACAGUGAUGACUUUGACGAUUUUGAUCCAUAUACAUUUAUUAAGGACUUGCCUGAUUUAUCAGCAGUUGUUCCAAAAUUCCGGCCUGUGCUCCUUCCAAAGCAAACACGGAGUUGUCCUUUAACUACCCUUGUUCUGGAUUUAGAUGAGACUUUAGUGCAUUCCUCCCUUGAACCAUGUGAUGCAGAUUUCACAUUUCCAGUUAAUUUUAAUUUCCGAGAGCAUACAAUCUAUGUGCGAUGUCGUCCGUAUCUUAAGGACUUCAUGGAGAGGGUUGCUGGCGUGUUUGAAAUCAUCAUAUUUACUGCCAGUCAAAGUAUAUAUGCUGAGCAAUUACUCAACAUUCUUGAUCCUAAAAGGAGAGUAUUUCGCCACCGUGUUUAUCGAGAGGCUUGUGUCUUUGUGGAUGGUAAUUACUUGAAGGAUUUAUCGGUUCUUGGUCGGGAUUUAUCACGUGUGAUCAUCGUUGACAACUCCCCACAGGCAUUUGGAUUCCAAUUAGAAAAUGGUAUUCCAAUUGAAAGCUGGUUUGAUGACCGCAACGAUCAAGAAUUGCUCUUAUUACUUCCAUUCUUAGAAAGUUUGGUUGGUGUUGACGAUGUCCGGCCAAUAAUAGCCAAGAAGUUUAACCUCCGUGAAAAGGUGGUGGCUUCUUCAGGUCUCUCUCUUGACUUUGGCAGGUGAACGUUUUAUGUGGGCAGAUUUCGUUUGGAUUGCUGUUACCUGUUGGGGAUGGCCAAAGAAAUUAUGCUGGUAGCAUCCCCUGGCUUAUACUUGUACCUGAUGUUAAUACUCUUUGUUGUAGCUUGUUGCUUGUAUCAUGAUGUGGGAUUGUGGUUGCUUAUGGUUCAAUUGAAACUUAUCUCGAGCAUAUUUUGAAAAUUUGAGAGUAUGAUUAUAGAAGUCAGCAUCAUCUAAA